AUGAACAAUUCGAUUCGUAGCAAUAAAAAAAGGCAGAAAAAUACUAAAUGCAAGGUAUUCUUUCAAGUUGUUUGUGGUUACGUAACUCAAUUUUUGAGUCAAACCACAUUGCAAGGACUAAUUUAUGUUGGCAAUGCACAAUUAUCUCUUUGGGAAAGAGCUUAUUUUCUCAUUUGGUUUAUAACUGUCAUAACUGUGGCCAUAAAUUUUGCGACAAAUGUGUACAUCCGUUGGGAGACAACACCGGUUAUCAUCGCUUUAGAGGCACACACGACGCAGAUACGCACUACUCCUUUUCCGGCAAUCACGAUAUGCAACAUGAACCAAGCUAUACGUAGUCAAACCGAACACUUCCCAAAUCAUUCCCUGGGUUAUGCCAUGAUUCAAAAGAUAUGUUUUCAAGAUGUCGAUUUCAGUCAAUUUGAUGACCUGAAACCAGCCUCAAGGGAAGACACUUUCACAAAUUUCAUCUGGCGCAAUGGACAGUCAUGUGACAAUAUGAUUGUUUACUGCCGUUUCGGUAAUAAGGAAGAUCGCUGUACGGAUUUCUACCGGGAGGUUCUCAUGGAUGAAGGCAUUUGCUGUGCAUUUAAUAUAUUACAUCCGUCGUAUUUGUAUAAAGGAAAAUAUAUAUUUGUGCGAGAUUUCACUUCUUCUAUAGGCACCAUACCUGUCGAUUGGAAUUUGGAAACUGGCUAUGCUGAUAAAUUGCCACUGUACUUUUAUCCACGCACAGCAGCACGCGCCGGUGUCAUAUCGGGAUUCACAUUCGUUCUUAAUGCCAAUAUCAGUGAAUAUAUUUGCUCAUCAACUUUUAGUACAGGCUUAAAGGUAAUCACUCACAAUCCCAUUGACACGCCGCACGUUAAAGAAACCGGUCUAUCUGUCCAGCCAGGUUACCAACACCGUUUUCGUCUCAACAUCGAUAGUUCAAAAGCUCUACCUUCGACUCGCAGUAUCGCGCCCAAACGUCGGCAGUGUCUCUUUAACAAUGAACUGCAAUUGCUAUAUUUUCGUUAUUACACUCGGCGUAAUUGUGAAAUGGAAUGUGAUUCGAAAUAUUUUCUACGUCGCUGUCAGUGCAUACCAUACCACAUGCCUCUCAUCUAUCCAAACGUUAGUGUUUGUGAUGUGAAAGACUUUAAUUGUGAAAGCAUUGCCGAAGCAAAGGUCAAUGAUAGAGAGCGUAUCGGAUGUAAGCGCGAAUGUUUACCGGGCUGUUUCAAUUUGGAAUAUUUCCCAACUGUUUAUCGCACGCCGUUGGGUAAUACCUCUUUUGUUUUUAGGGAUAGGUUUUUCAGAAAUUUCACAAGGAAGCACAUUCUUGAAAAUUUUGCAUUGGUGCAGAUCUACUUUGCCGAUGACUUGUUUAGAUCUAAGGUUCGAUCGCCAUAUACCAGCUUUACGGACUAUUUGUCACAAACUGGAGGCAUUAUGAGUUUGAUGGUGGGCUUUGGAGUAAUAUCUGUUCCAGAGUUCUUUUAUUUCUUCUUCAUUCGUCCCAUCUUUGAUUUAGUAAUGAGACGUAUGUCCUGUGCAGUGCGCAGAGUGACCGUAGGGCAGUUUCGAAAAGUUGCAGCCGGAGGAAAUGGUAUGAUAUUGGGCAAUAAGCAAAUAUUUUAUGCUGGCCGACCAUUAGUUAGCAGGCGUAGACCGUUAAAUUCCAUCAAUGCUUACAAGAGCCAGAAGAUUUACAACAGUUUGUUGAGAAAGUUGUCCGUACCGAAAAUUCAAACUUUAAAUAUUGACACCGAAAACGAAGGCUUAUUUCCAUACAUCGAAUAA